AUGUGCAGCCUCUUCGCCAACAGCCAGAUGCCUUCUUCAGGUGUGAUGCUCUCUGCCCUCAGAUGUGACACCUGCUGCUCCCUGCAGAUUCUCGUUGACACUGGAAGCAGCAACUUCGCUGUGGCGGGUGCCCCGCAUCCCUACAUAGACUCUUACUUUGAUGCCAAGAGGUCCAGCACCUACCGCUCCAAGGGCUUUGACGUCACCGUGAAGUACACGCAAGGGAGCUGGACCGGCUUCGUUGGGGAGGACCUUGUCACCAUCCCAAAAGGCUUCAACAGUUCUUUUCUUGUCAACAUUGCCACUAUUUUUGAGUCAGAGAAUUUCUUUUUGCCUGGGAUUAAAUGGAAUGGGAUACUUGGACUUGCUUAUGCUACCCUGGCCAAGCCAUCAAGUUCUCUGCAGACAUUCUUUGAUUCCCUCGUGACACAAGCAAAAAUCCCCAACGUCUUCUCCAUGCAGAUGUGUGGGGCGGGAUUGCCAGUAGCUGGACCUGGUACCAACGGAGGUAGUCUUGUCUUGGGUGGAAUUGAACCAAGUCUGUACAGAGGAGACAUCUGGUAUACCCCUAUUAAGGAGGAGUGGUAUUAUCAGAUAGAAAUCUUGAAAUUGGAAAUCGGAGGCCAGAGCCUUAAUCUGGACUGCAGAGAGUACAACGCGGACAAGGCCAUCGUGGAUAGUGGCACCACACUGCUGCGCCUGCCCCAGAAGGUGUUCGAUGCGGUGGUCGAAGCCGUGGCCCGCACGUCUCUGAUUCCAGAAUUCUCUGAUGGUUUCUGGACUGGGUCCCAGCUGGCGUGUUGGACAAAUUCGGAGACACCUUGGUCUUACUUCCCUAAAAUCUCCAUCUACCUGAGAGCUGAGAACUCCAGCAGAUCAUUCCGUAUAACCAUCCUGCCUCAGCUUUACAUUCAGCCCAUGAUGGGGCCUGGCCUGAAUUAUGAAUGUUACCGAUUCGGCAUUUCACCUUCCACGAAUGCGCUGGUGAUUGGUGCUACCGUGAUGGAGGGCUUCUAUGUGGUCUUUGACAGAGCUCGGAAGAGGGUGGGCUUUGCGGCAAGCCCCUGUGCAGAAAUUGCAGGUGCUCUGGUGUCUGAAAUUUCUGGACCUUUCUCAACCGACGACAUAGCCAGCAACUGUGUCCCCACCCUGCCUUUGAAUGAGCCCAUUUUGUGGAUUGUCUCCUAUACUCUCAUGAGCGUGUGUGGAAUCAUCCUUCUUAUCUUAAUCAUCCUGCUGCUACUUCCAUCCCGGUGUCAGCAAGACCCCCAACACCCCGAGGUUGUCACUGAUGAGUCCUCUCUCGUCCGACAUCGCUGGAAAUGAAGAGCAAAGCCUGAACUCAGGCAACCUUGAACUCAACUAUUAAGAGAAAUAAAUUUCAAGUGCAGCAAGCAGGGGUUAUAAGGCAAGGUUUCUUCCUAUGUCAAUUAGUCUUAAAUCUCUGUUCUGCUCCCAGAUGCCUUCCAGACUCACUGUAUUUUGAUUCUUAAUUUUAAAGCUUCCUCCUUCUCUCCUACUUCCAAGAAAAAUGAUAAUAAAAAACACCUCAUUCUAAACCAAAACAGAGUGAAUUGGGCUUCAGACUUUAUGUGACUGGUUAUGCCAAACUGUCUAGGUGUGCCACCAAAAAAAAAAGCAAGCCUUGGCUAGUUCUCCUCUUCUUCCCAUCUCUGGAGAAAUGAGUGCAUAUAGUUUAUAACUCCUCUUAGCUAAUGGGAAGCUUUUUGUAUUAAUUGCAUUUAAGAGUAUUUUGCACCAAGCCUCAGCCUGAAUCAGAGUCAUACAAGAAGGCUUGCAAAAUGAUGGCAGAAGAAGAAGCCUGGAGCCUGAUGAUAUAACCAUCCUGCCCCCUUCUGAGUUGGAAAAGAAGCAGUAAGCCCCUUUUCUGGGUCUCUCUGUGCUCUGAAUGGGAGCUAGAGUCCUCAAGGAGGAGAUCAUCACCAAACAGCCUUCACCAGCCUCCUCUGAAGAUAGAAGGCCUUCUGUCCAUCGUGGUAGAGUGGGAAGGAAACCUACUCUUUUGUACUUGCUACUUCCAUAGUAUUGUUGGUAUAAAAGUCUACCUCUGUUGAGACUUUGCCUAGGGUCCUGUGCCUGGGUGUGAGUGCAGGCAGCCUGGUUCCAGCUGCUGCCCUCACCUAAAAGAAUCCUCAUUCCAACAGGUGAGAUGUAACAGGUGCUGAACUGCACAUCAACCUGGAGAAGUUCUGUCACCAAGCUUGUCAUUAUUUGCAUAUGCUUAGUCUCCCUUAAAAUUAAUAAACAGGGUUUUAAUGCGAAACACAAGUUCUAUUUCACUAGCUUAGUUGUUUCUUUCUCCAAAUUUUCUCUGAAGGUAGGUUUAUUGUUACCCUUUGGGGAAAUAGGGAAAUGGCUAAAUGCCCUUACUUCUAAGCAGCUCUCAAGGGAAGGAAGAUGCAAGACCUGCAAAGGACGGGAAGGGAACGCGCACUUCUUCCUGUGCUUUGAAACCAUGUGUUUCUGUUUGCAGAAUCCCCUAGACUCAAGCACACCCAUCUGAAUCAGCUUAAAUAAACCUGUUGAGCAGUUGACCCACAUCCUUCUUCCCCUUGGCAUGUUCAAUCUUUGGUGAUGAGUUGGAUGUGCAGUGGUAUCCUUAUUUGAGGAAAUUUCCACUUGCUAUCAUUUAUUUAAGGCCUUUGCCAAAGAAAAGCAGAAGACUUUAACUCAGUGUAGUCAGCUUUAUGUGAUCUGAGGUAAUUAGGAGAAGGGUUCAAAGCCAAUAGCCCUUCUCUCUUGUUCUUGUGCCAUGUUCGCUGUUCACUCUGCGUUGCUAUUGGAGUGAGUUGGGUAUAUAAUAAAAUUCCACUGGAAGGGCUAACUAUGGAGCAUCUUCUCCAGCUGGACUGUUGUGUUCAAAAUAGGCUACAUGUGGAUGUUUCAGCUAUCUGGUCCUCACUGGCUCCCCAGGUCACCUCCAUAUUUAGAAAUAUAUGACCAUGCCAAAGAGAUGUGGGGCCACUUAUACGUGUCAUGGUGUCCUUGCAGACUCUCCAGCAGCCAGAAGAAUCUGUGAGAUUGUUGUGGAGAAGGUUUAAGUUGCAUCUUAAAAAGAACAUGAGUCUUCUGUGUUCUUCAAGAUAUAGCUCAAGCAUGGCAGGAACAAUGCCCUCUUGGAAUGGGACGCUAGGAGGGGAUUCUGUCGUCAGAUGCUCAUUAUCAUUUCUGGUCUCGGCUAGUUGACGGGAUAAUUUCAACAUACAUUUCAGAGUUAGAAGUCUCUGGAAGUCUGAUUCUCUUCUUGCCCUGUUGGCUUUUUCACUGGUUCCUAUUUUGUGGGCCACUUUGCACACACUUGAAGGCAACACCCCUAGACUGUGCUUUUUCCCUUUGCUGUGAAAAGUCUGAACCCCUGAAAUGAAAAGAGAGAAUUGCAGAUAUGACCCAGUUAGUUUUGCUCCGUAUUUCUUCAUACAGGUGUCUUCUGUUCCCUUGUCUCAUGUUAGGUUCUGAGCUGGGGAACAUUUAUGUUGCUGCAUAUUAGCAGGCACUGUUCCCAGAAUACAUGAUAAUAGCAAGUUAGAUGUCAGGCUAGGGUAUUUGAAUGAAGUUUGCUAUAAUACUCUGUAUUUCCUAUCAAAUUUCUCUACCCUUUCAUCUCAGAUGUCAUUGGAUGUGACAUUUUAAUGGAAAUACUUAAAUUACAAAAGCAUAACUUAGCGACAGGGAUGAAAUAGACGAUUGAAUGUGGGCUGUUUUCCUGGCAUGCUUUGCUGCUGAAAAUUGGACUUUGAGUCAAAACCCUGUUAGUGACACCCACCUCCUCGAGUUACGUAAAUUGAUACUUGGCUUGGAAAACCCUCAAGGAGGCUUGCUUUGAACAGGAAAGGAAGUAGCAACCAUUUGAGGGUGUCAUUUUUACCUUGUAACACACUGUGGAAAAUGCUGGAAGAUGCUCCUUUCCUGAAAGAUGCAACUUAACAUUAGGUUGUUGUCAAAACCUUGUCAACUCUCUGAUGGGAAAUGGAUGCUUCUCCAUGAACAAUUUUUUUUAAAUAGGGUGAUGCUUUAUAUCCUUGAUAAGUUAUUCGGAAAGCUGAAAUGAAAUCCUGUCUUCAACUGAAGCUGUUUAUGGAAAAUAGCAAGAAAUGAGUUGGGGAUUGAUUCUAUUUUUUUCCUCCAGAAUUUAAAAAAACCACAAGUCAUUGGUUGACCUUUAUCGUACACUAUUUUGUAUUUCUUAGAAUCAAAAACAAGUACCUAACAUUAAAGAAACAGAUUCCUUGAGUGUGACAGUGGAGAAUGUUUCCCUGAACACAGUCCACUCCCAAAUAUUUGGAAGGAUUCUCUACUGAUUCAUUGUGAAAUGCAAAGCUUUUGGUUGGAGAUAAAUUUUGGGUCAAUUAUGGUUCGAAAUUAUGAAAGGAAUUCCCAGUGAUGCAGCAUUAACAACUCUGCAGAGCUUUGAGAGUUUUUUUGCAAAGCAGUUGUGAUUUGGAAAUUCCAUUAAUUCACUUAAGAGGUGAGGAAGGAUUAUUUCACUAUUUAAUAGGUUCUUCACACUAAUGAAAAUUUGCUAAAUUCCUCUUACCAGAUCCCCACAUGGUGGAGUUGCUCAGCAUAGUUCAGUUCUAAGUUCUGGCCUGGUGCCACUUGAUGUCUUUGGGAAUAAAUCACUGCCCAACACCUGUUCCAUAAACAGCAAUAAUUGAGUUUCACAGACUUCAUCCUUUUCAGUGGAAACCAAGUAAUUGGAUGGAAUCCCAGUGCAUUUUCUCUUGCACAAACUUAUUAGAAUUGAUUACAGAACUGUUCAGAGGAAAAAACUUGCCACUAAGAUUUUUUCUUUUUUACGAAAAACAACUAAACACCACAAAAUGUAAAAUUACAGGUUUUGCCAAGAGACUAGGUUUUUAGUGCCAAGAAAACUCCACACCACAGAAGUUACUGUGUACAUUUCUAGUGGGUUUUAAGGAUUUCAGAUUUGAACCUAUGGCAGUUUACCAAUUAAAUAGCAAGCUGGAAAAAUACAUUUCAAAGUGGGGAAGGAAAAUAAAAAUAUAAUCAAAAGUAUGCUAACAAAAUAAGAAUUUGCUGUCUUGGAAAAGUAGCUUUAAUUGCAGGAAUCCUCAGAUUUCUUUACCCUUAAAGUUGCUGAGUCUGUUGGAGAUGUGAUUUAUUUUACGCAGCCACAAAUCCCAAACUUCAAGAAUAUUCAAGCUGGAGUCGUGUGUCGGAUAUCAGCAUGGACAAAGUGAAAAAAUGUGGCCCCUUACGCUUUGCAUUGCCCAAUCCAGGCGAAGAUUGGUUCAUUCAAGGAACAGAGAGUAGAGGAUGGUUGAGACUUGGAAAAUUCUAGAAUCUGGGAAAGGAGGUUGGGUAAGAAGUCAUAUCCCUUGGUCAGCAGAUGACCACAAAGGUCUGGAGGGACUGACGACAUCCCUGUAUGUCGUAGACUACUCACUUCACCCAAGUUUUUGGCACAGCCUACUUUUUAGGAAUUAUCCAAAGGAACCUCUUAGGAUUUAUAAUUUGUCAAAGAGAAAGUUGC